AUGGUCAAGGUCUUCAGCAACACCGAGACGUUUAACUACUCCUGGGAGGAGGUGUCGACCAACAACUGGCGCAAGUACUGCCCAUGGAACCAAAAGUCGACACAUGUGGUCGCAGUCGAUACCAUCAGCCGGACUGUCGACCCGGAGACGGGCAUCCUGCGCACCGAGCGCCUCAUCACCUGCCGGCAGAGCGCGCCCGACUGGCUGCGCAGCAUGAUGGGCGGCAACUUCGACGAGUCGCAAGUGCUCGAGACGUCCUACGUCGACCCGCGCAACAAGACCGUCACCAUGGUCUCCACCAACCUCACUUGGAGCAACCUCAUCAAUGUCCAGGAGACUGUCGUCUACCGGCCCCUCAACGAGCACCAGACCCGUUUUGAGCAGGAGGCCCAGAUCACGGCUCUCUGCGGCGGCUGGCAGCGCAUCAAGCACAGCAUUGAGGAUACCCUGGUCAAGCGGUUCCGCGAGAACGCGCAGAAGGGCAAGGAGGGCUUCGAGGCUGUGCUUGCUAUGAGCCGCAAGGUGUUCGCUGAGGAGCGCGAGCGCGAGAGGCUCAUGAUGCUGCAGGCUCAAGCUGGCAACAUCCGGACUGCUGCUGCUUAA